CGCGCGAUACGGCCGUGAUUCGCGUUCGAAAAUCAAAAUUAAAAAAAAAACGGCAUUUAUCGCGAUUAGUUUAGUUUUUAGUUCUCGAUUGUUCAAUUAAUUAUGUGCACGUUACGAUGAUUUUAAGAUCAAGCUAUGUUAAGGGGGCUCGUUUAGUAUUACGCCCUUAUUAGUGUAAGCAAUGCAAUAUCAAAGUAACGAAGAUGAUGAUUUACAAUAUCGGAUUUUUGGGGAAUCCUUCAACAUCGGAGAAAGUCAAACCUCCACUGGCAGGGGAAGAAAACGCAGCGUAUAUGAUUCAGACUCGAGUGAAUAUUUAGAGGAGCCAGCAGCGUACGAAGAUGUGCCGACUGCAACCAAAAAUGCUGGGGCGAGGAAGAAUAUCAACAGGGGGAGGUGGACGAAGGAGGAGGACAAGCGGCUCAAAACGUACGUCAAAAUGUACAAGGACAACUGGGAGCUCAUAGCGGCCCAGUUCCCGGACCGCUCUGACGUGCAGUGCCACCAGAGAUGGACCAAAGUCGUCAACCCUGAACUAGUCAAAGGUCCCUGGACCAAGCAGGAAGACGACAAGGUAAUGGAGCUAGUCGCUAAAUACGGCCCUAAGAAAUGGACUCUCAUAGCAAGACACCUAAAAGGCAGAAUAGGCAAACAAUGCAGAGAGCGAUGGCACAACCACCUAAACCCUUCUAUAAAGAAGACAGCGUGGACAGAGAACGAGGACAGGAUAAUAUACCAGGCGCACAAGCAGCUCGGAAACCAAUGGGCCAUGAUAGCCAAGCUGUUGCCCGGACGGACGGACAAUGCAAUAAAGAACCACUGGAAUUCCACUAUGAGGAGGAAAUAUGAGCCGGAAAUGCUCGACAGAUUUGAGACGAUACGGAGGAAGAAUGCCAAAACCAAGAGAAUGGAUCAGUCCCAAGAGAAGAUGCAGGUUGCAUAUAACGAUACAUGGAACUCAGACGUACUCAAUGACUCCAUACAGUCAUCGUCCAGUGGCAGCGCCCCGUCCCGCAAUGUGCAGCACUUUAGACGGUUGCUGCAGGAGAAGUUGCAUCGUAUAGCCUCCCCGGAGAGAGCUGACAGAGAGAGACCCGGGGACUUGGAGCAAGCUGAUAGCGUAGAGAUACUGCAGUCGCCGUUUAAAUUUGUCAACAUUGAGUCACUGCCAGAGGAUUCGCCUAUCAAGAGUUUCUUGAGUCGAGUUCCGACUGACAAUAGCUCACAAAGUGCUGUGACAUACGACCUGCAAGGUGAAGCUAGUAAGGAGAUAAUAGUGCCCUCAGUCGUAGUCCCUUCGGUGUACAGCUCGCCUAAGAAGAAACUCGAAACAAACAGUCCCCCGCCGAUAUUACGCCGCCGAGUUAGGAAGACGGGAGCCACUCCCAACCACAAUGCGUGGUCGGAGUCAGUAUCGAAGGCUCUAGAAGGCGCGACGCCGAUCAAAGCGCUGCCUUUCAGUCCCUCGCAGUUCCUCAACUCGCCGGCCGGCAUAUCAUUUCCCGCUUUCGACUCUACACCGCUUAGACAGGGGCCCAGUAUGAAGGAGCCCGGUAUAAGUCCGCUGCUGCAGACACCGACACCGGCCAUCACGCCGGGCGGCAGUCAGCACAGGAAUACGCCCAAAACACCAACGCCUUUCAAAAUCGCGAUGGCGGAAAUAGGAAAGAAGUCUGGCCUAAAAUACGAGCCGUCAAGUCCGGGGCUGCUGGUGGAAGAUAUCACCGAGAUGAUACAGCGAGAGAACUCCGACUCCACGCUGCAGCUCAACGACAGUCUGCUCUCGUCGACAGCGGACCAGGAGAAUAUUGGACAGGUGAACGACAGCGGCAUCAGCAGCGGCGGCCGGCGCGGAGACAACAUGCCGCGGCGCGCACGUAAAGCGCUGGCGGUUGCUUGGGGAGCCGCCACCAGCACGCCGCGUGCGCAGGUGCCGGAAAUACCCACCCUGGCUGACCUUGAGACUCCGAGCAAAACGCUAGCGGGUGACAACUCAGUGGUACUGUUUUCACCACCCUCCAUCGUGAAAAACUCCCUACUAGAAGAGUCCACGAGUCUCCACAGUCUAAUGAGCACCGAGAACACGCCAGAACCUGUCAAAUACGAGGAGAUGGAUAUAGAAGCGGUCAUCACUGAAAAGACAAAGGUACAACACAGGUCCUCGUUCCCUACUAAUCCCCUACCUAACGCCCUCGACCCAAACUUAAUAUUGUACGAUGGUAUAUACGAACCCCAGCAAGAGUUGCCCAGUUCUAACAUACUCCGUGAUCUAACUAACGUAGAGUCACCGAGGAGUUUCGCUAGACUCAACGCGGAUAGACUUCGAACUAUCAUAACGCCGAACGAACUAGCUCACGAUAGUAAUUCCUUGAUUGCGCCCAAAGAUGUCCUCGCUAAUGCACUAGUCGAUCACAUCUACAAAGUGACCAAUCAGAAGCCGUCGACGUCGAAAAUUGACGAGGUUCUGACCAAUAAAAUGCAAGGGCGCACCACAGAUUAUGAAAAGGAAAAUCAGUGGUGGCAAAUGAACAGGGAGACGGACUCGAAUGAUCUGUACAACGAUUAUUACAAUAUGUUCAAUCUGUAGGUUUCGAUUUUCGAAUGUACAAAGUUAAUGUAAGGCGGAUAAAAGAUUUUUAUAAAAUCGAUUUUAUUCGAUACUACGAUAAGCGUUCCAAAGGCACCUAAAGUAUAUUUGCACUAGAGUUAGGUAGUUACGUAUUUAAGUAUCGAAUCGAGUAUUGAGAUUAGAGUAAGGUACCAAAGAUGACAACUUCAUCAAAUGAGUGAUUUCGAUUUUUAAAUAGUUUUUAAAUUAGUUUUUUAAAAUAUCGUUUACCUCAAGAUUACCGUGCACCAAAUUUAAUUAUUUUUUUAGAUUAGGGAAAUGAAUUUUAGGUACGGUUGCGUACGAUUGUUUAUGAUUUUAAUUAGUAUUGGGGAGUACUGAAAGAGAGGCUUGCCUGAAAAAAGUAUUUUAAAUAAAAUAGAUGUCGUUUAUUUUAAGCUUAUGAAUAAUUUUAAAUCGUGGAUAAAUUUUAUAUGUAGGUUGUAAUAAAUCAGUAUGCUGAUUUUCUUUACCCAAAAUAAUAAUUUAGACUAGGGUAAAUUAAAAAUUUCUAAAACUUAUAAGAGCAUGAUCAAAAAUUGUCGUAGCAUGAUAGCCCCAAUGAAGACAAUGAAAUAAAGCCUCUUACAUACAAUACAUAAUAAGAAAAAUAUUUUUUUAAAUAUUGUAACACUAACAUUUUAAACUAACAUUUUUACAAUGGCAAGUUUUUUUUAAAUCGGUGUAAAGGUGUACGUUUCGUGUAGUAUUUUAUUUUCGGUUAUAUUUAUCGGCUGUAGGGAGUUUAACUCAGGCUAACAAUCCCGCUAGACCUAUCCCGCCCCUAUUUAUUGUAAAUCGCUUUGUAAGUUGCGUGUCAGUUUGACAUUUCUUUUUUUUUAAUUUAUCCGACCUAAUCGCAUCAUGGUUGUGGACUUGUGUAAUUUAAUUACGUUUAUUUAUUCUCUAUUGUCACGUUUUGUUAAAAUUUAAACAAUUUUAAUGAUAAAUCGGCAGUUACUUAAAAAGUUUUUAUUUGAAAUAAACAAAUGACAUUUUCCUUUUCCCGCCUUUUUUAUCAUUUCUCCGUGGACCCAAAUCCUUCCCACAAUAUUGACAGACCAGUGUUGAAUCUACCUUUUAUUUUAAAAUACCUAUUUAUUUAUGUUAAAUAUUGUUUUCUUGUUAUUUAAUUUAUGUUUUUAAAUUGUUUUUAAUUUAUUUUGUAGCGAUUACAUAUUGUAGUGCGGUAACAUUGUGUCAAUGUGUAAUUUUAUUUGUUUUAUAACUGUCAAUAUUGUUAAUUCCAAUCCAAAGCCCGUUGAUAUCCGAUGUCAUUUUUUAUUUCAAUAAAUGUAUUUCUCACUUGA